AUGGUCGACCCGAAUCGCAAAAUCAACAUCCUGUCCGAGGAGCACCAGCUGUUCCUGAACGAGUGUGAGGAGGAGUUCAAGGACCGCUUCACCGAGGACGACGCCGAGUUCCAGGCGUACUGCGCCCAGCCGCCGCCUCCACCGCCCGUGCUGGAGCCGUGGCAAAACCGUAACUAUCACGGUGGUGGCGGUGGAGAUCGGCGCCACGACGGCGGAGGUCGUGGACGGGGUCGGUUCCAGCACCACCACCACAAUCGCAACCGGGAUUACCGGGAUCGGCCGUACAAUCAAUCGGGACAUCACGGGAACCGGUACAACAACAACAGCAACCGGGACUACAACAAUCGAGACAACAACAAUCGGUACAACUCGGAGAGAAGAUACUAG